AUGCACAACAAGAAGCGUACUAUCAUUAUUGGAUGUGUUGUUGGUGCCGCUGUCUUGGCCGUAGUAAUACUGUGUUGUUGCUUUUUUGGAUCAUCUAACGAGCCGGAUGCAGAUGGCGAUAUCUCAUCCAAUUCUGAUGGUGGAAAUAGUUCAACAUUUGGUUCUAUCGUUAACCCAUUCCACAUUUCCUCUACAUCCAAUUCUGGUAGUGGAAAUGGUUCAAUAUUUGGUUCUAUCGUUAACCCAUUCCACAUUUCCUCUACAUUCAGCGGCACAUCACAAAAUGCAAUCUCCAACCCCGCCUCAGGAAAUAGCGAUGCAGCGAAAGAUGAAACAGCUGAUCCCGAUGCAAGUAAUGGUAAUCAGCCAGAUAGUAGCGCAAAUGUGGCUAGCAAUGAUACAUAG